GUCAAAAGAAAUAGCAAAGUGCUUAAUACUCUCGAUCGGUAAGGUUGCUUUCUUCCGUUCCUCUUGCCAAACAAAGCAAAACCUUUCGUCCGAACGAGCGAACCUUUUCGAAUCAAAUGAAGGUUUACCAAAGAAAGACAAAAACGAAUUUAUAACGUGAUAUUACUCUAAAAACCAACAUUCGCCGAACUACUCUACCUCUUGUCUUCUGCAUUCUAAUCAAAAUUGAUUUGCAACGUAUAGACCUGCUGUAACAACCGCUUCACCCAGAUAGUAGUUUUAAUUUUGACACAUGAUUUCGGCAAGGGAACAAUUCUUUGCCAAUACCGCUCCGACGUCGGCUGCUAGCGUUGGUCUUGGUAUAGAAAUCGUUGGUGGAAUGCCGCCAGUCUACAAUUCUACAACUAUGCCAUUGAAGGCAGCAAAUGGCAAUGACGGUCGACGAGAAAGUAAAACAACCUCAAAUUCUCAAACCGAUAUGCAUGAACAUACGGCUAAAGUCAACACUUUGGAGGAAAAGGAUGCCGGACGGUUUUCAAAUUUACCAUCACGCGACCCGGUCGACAUGCAGUUCAACAAUCUUUCAUUAACAGUUAACUUGGGUUUCAGAAAAGGAAAUAAAGAAAUUUUACAUAAUGUAAGCGGGAAAUUUCCUGGAAGUCAAUUAAUUGCUAUUAUGGGACCUUCAGGUGCUGGUAAAUCCACAUUGCUCGAUGCCUUGUCAGGAUUCAAGACAACUGGUGUCGACGGUUCGAUUUUGCUUAAUGGCAGACGUCGAGAUUUGACCGCUUUUAGAAGGAUGUCCUGCUACAUAACACAGGAUGAUCGUCUACAACCGUUAUUGACUGUAAACGAAAAUAUGCACAUAGCUGCGGACCUUAAACUUGGUCCAAAUGUAUCGUAUGAGGAAAAGGAAGCCAAGAUUGAAGAUAUUUUGUUGAUGCUUGGUUUAUACGAUCAUGACCAAACUAUGACCAAACGUCUAUCUGGUGGUCAAAAGAAGCGACUCUCUAUUGCAAUGGAACUUAUAAAUAACCCAACUGUGAUGUUUUUGGACGAGCCUACUACUGGCCUUGACAGCAGCUCGUGUACCAAAGUUUUGGAGCUAUGUAAAAUGCUUGCCCAACAGGGACGUACUAUAAUUUGCACUAUUCAUCAACCAACUGCAAAACUGUUCCAAAUAUUUGACCAAGUCUAUGUUCUAGCGGCUGGUAACUGUGUUUACCAGGGAAGUACAGAAAAAUUAGUUCCCUUUUUGCAGGCCGUUGAUUUGCCAUGUCCAAUGUAUCACAAUCCUGCCGAUUACAUUAUUGAAUUAGCCUGUGGAGAAUAUGGUCAAGAUAAGGUUGACACUUUGAAAUCGGCUUCAGAAAAUGGCAACUGUCUAACAUGGUUCGAUCAUCCUGAAAAGAUUUUAAAAGCCACUGAUUUGAUGAGGAAAUAUCCUGUGGCAAAGAAAACGAAUAAACGUUCCCUUGAAGAUACGAGUUAUAUGAAUCAGUUGUCGGUACUAAUGCACCGAGGCUAUAUCAAAGCAAAGCGUGAUACCACCCUGACACAUCUUCGGAUUGGUGUCAAUGUGUUUGUAGCCAUAAUAUUAGGGGCAGUUUACGCCAAUUCGGGUAAAGAGGGCUCUCGCGUGAUAGACAACUAUAAUUUACUUUUUGCCAUUUUGAUUCAUCAUUCCAUGACAACGAUGAUGUUAACAGUUCUUACGUUCCCCAUUGAGAUGUCCAUUUUACUAAAGGAACAUUUUAACCGAUGGUAUUCACUGAAGGCGUAUUACACAUCCAUCACACUGCUUGAUCUUCCUAUAUCGAUCGUUGGCAGUCUUUUGUUCACUAUUAUCAUAUAUUUGUGGAGUUACCAACCAAUGGAGUGGAGUCGAUUCUGGAUGUUCUUUGCCAUUAGUGUUUUAACUGUGUUUGUGGGCCAAAGUUUCGGUUUAAUGAUCGGAGCGUGGUUUGAUGUUGUGAAUGGCACUUUUUUGGCUCCAGUUUUGACCAUUCCCAUGAUGAUGUUCGCUGGCUUCGGUGUAACAUUGCGCGAUUUGCCCUCAUACUUGAAAUGGGGAAGUCACAUUUCAUAUUUGCGAUACGGUCUGGAGGGUUUCGUGAGUGCUAUAUAUGGUAAUGAUCGUGGUACCUUGGAAUGUGAAGAAGCCCCAUACUGUCAUUAUAGGUAUCCAAGAAAAUUUUUGGAUGAAAUAACCAUGCGUGGUGAUCAAUUUUGGAAUGAUAUUAUUGCCCUUGGUGUCAUCAUUUUGAUCUUUAGAAUCGCUGCCUAUAUCAUAUUAAAAGCAAAGAUAAAAUCGGUGAAAUAGACAAACCUAUGGAAUACGGUGCUGAAAUAUUUGUGCAAUAUUUGUUUUAACCUGUAUUAGCUGUAUGAGUGAUGAUGGCGAAACUAAAUUUGGCCGGAUUAAGUUAAUUUAAAUAAUCAUUAUGUAUUUCUGAGCAAUUUUUUAGUAACUACCGUUAGUAAUUAUUUAAUUUUGAAAGUGUUUGGUAAGCUUUUUUUGAGUUUUAAUAGGGGUGAGAGUACAUACAUACUUAUACAUAUGUAUGUACCAAAAACAUUCCAGCAAUAAUAACGACUAGUAAACACAA